GCGGCUGCCAAGGGACCGUCGCCGUCUCGUCGCCUCAGCGUCGCUGUCUGGGCCCAGCCCGCGCUGCCGCCCGCCUUACCUUCCGUCCCUGUUCGGGCCUGCGGGAUGUUCAUUUUAAAGAUUCUGUGAGGAUGAAAAGGGAUCUCUUAUGGCUUUAUGAAAUAUAGAGCAAUACUGUCUGACAUGACGGCAAAAAAUGUUGGUGUGACUUCCACAAAUGGAGACUUGAAAGGAUUUAUAGAUCAGAACCAGAGUCCAACAAAAGGUAAUAUUUCAGUAAUCACAUUGCCAGUUUCCAGCACCAACUCUCCCACUAAGAUUUUGCCAAAAACCUUGGGACCAAUCAAUGUGAAUGUUGGACCCCAAAUGAUCAUAAGCACCCCCCAAAGACUGGCCAGCUCAGGGAGUGUUCUGAUCGGGAGUCCGUACACCCCAGCUCCAACCAUGGUCACACAGACACACAUCACAGAGGCGUCUGCCUGGGGCCCAGGGGAGCGAAAACGGACUCAAGAAAUUAUAGAGUCAGAUUUUUCAGAAAGUAAGAGAAGCAAGAAAGGAGAUAAAAAUGGGAAGGGUCUGAGGCAUUUUUCAAUGAAAGUUUGUGAAAAAGUUCAACGUAAAGGAACAACUUCAUACAAUGAAGUAGCUGACGAGCUCGUGUCAGAAUUCACAAAUUCUAACAGCCACCUAGCAACAGAUUCACAGGCUUAUGAUCAGAAGAACAUUAGACGGAGAGUUUACGAUGCGCUCAACGUCCUGAUGGCAAUGAACAUCAUUUCAAAGGAGAAGAAGGAAAUCCGAUGGAUCGGCCUUCCCACAAACUCAGCUCAGGAGUGUCAGAAUCUAGAGAUAGAAAAGCAGAAGCGGAUUGAAAGGAUAAAACAGAAGCGAGCCCAACUGCAAGAACUGCUACUGCAGCAAAUAGCAUUUAAAAACUUGGUACAAAGAAAUCAGCAAAAUGAACAGCAAAAUCAAGGCCCUCCCUCUUUGACCUCCACAAUACAGCUGCCUUUCUUAAUAGUCAACACUAGCAAAAGAACAAUUAUAGACUGCAGCAUAUCAAGUGAUAAAUUUGAAUACCUCUUUAAUUUCGAUAAUACUUUUGAGAUUCAUGAUGACAGUGAGGUGCUGAAGAGAAUGGGAAUGUCCUUUGGGCUCGAAGCAGGCAAGUGCUCAGCUGAGGACCUGAGAACUGCAAAAUCACUGGUGCCAAAAGCUUUAGAAGGCUACAUCACAGAUAUGUCUGCGGGAUUUUCAUGGGUAAACCAAGGGUUAAUUUCAAGUUCAGCACAAGCAGUUUCCCAUUUUGAGGCAGCUGGAAGCAUAUAUGAUGCUAAAUCAAGUGAGAAUGCAGGGUUGUGUUUGGAUGCUGAAGUGGCCUUAGCAACAGGGCAGCUGCUUGCCCCCAGCAGCCAGCAGUCCAGCAGCGCAGCGUCCCGGGGGGAGACGCCCUGCUCCUUCAACGAGGAAGAUGAAGAGGAUGAAGAUGAGGAUUCUUCCUCCCCAGAAUGAGGACAGGAGAAAAUGGAAUAUACAAAAUGCUGCUCAAAUAUUCUUAAUGGGAGUUCCUGUUUGGAUUUUACUGGUUUCUUGCCUUGGUUUGCACUGUGUUUGGUGAACUAAAAUGGAAGCUUCAAAACAAGUUUAUCCAUAGCUGAAAUUGAAGAAUUGUGUAACUGAACACAGAGUGACAUGCAGAGACAGAGUAAAGUGGGUUUUAUAAACUAUAAAUGAGGAAAAGAACAAAGUCCCUGGAGAUUUGGCAAAGUAAACCUUAAGAUCAUCUUUUCCAUUUUGGGACUCGAGUAUCUGUCUUCCCCUUGUCUUUUUCAGAUGGAGGAGAAAACAGUCAGUCAGUAAAAGCUGAUUCUUGUAUUGUCUUUUGGCUGUUCUGCCUUUAGAAAAAGGGGGAGAGAGCACACACAAAUGUGCUAAAAUCAUUAUUUAAAACUAUCUUGUAUGAAAGUGGUUAUAGGGAAAAGGGACUGUUAAAAUGUUUGCUUUUUUUCUGUUCAACUUGCUGUAUAGAAGAUUCUUAAAGUAAUAUAAAUUGCAAGUGAUUAAAUGAAUCUUGAAAUAGUUUAUAUCCAUUUUAGAUACUCUAAAAAUAACAGGAAGCAUUAGUAUAAAAGGUUCAUAUGUUCAUUUAUAUUGCAGGCCUAAUUUAUUUUAAGUGAUUAUUCUUAGCCAUUAUUAAAACAGUCAGGAAAAAAACCAGUAUUCUCUGCACCAGCUUUUUUCAAGGAAAAUAAGUUAAAAAUUUGUAUUUCUAGAUUACAGCGUAUUCAGUGUAGCUUCUCCUUUAUUGUUCUAACUUUAUAUAAUCCCUUUGAUAUUAGAAAAAAGGCCUCCCACUAUGUUAAGGAUCUCAGGCAGUGUGUUUUCAAGGCAGUCUUUUCAAAUUUGGGGUGGGCAGGUCACAUAACUUUUAAAGUCAUAGGCUGAGGUUCUUAGGGAAAAAAUUAAAUUUCAACAAUACAUUGUUUCAUGUUUUGCAUUCUGACAGACUUUCUUAUCAGUAACUUCAGUUGCACUCACUUUGAUGCACCUUUGAAAGUUGUUUCAAACCAUGUAAAAUGCUCUGUGGCUCAAGUUACCCAGCCCAUAUCCCAUGUGAACUGUUAAACUCAGACUUGCAGCAGGAGGCUGUGUUUUCCAUAGUUAACAUCACAUCCAAUCAUAAAGACCUUUUAAAAAAACCAAAACCUUGAAUAUCAAUGUAAAAUACACUGGAUGUACUCUUCCCACGGUGUUCCAGUGCCCAGGACUUUGCCUAGCUCUAAGGUAACUGUUUUUCAUGAGGUCAAUCUUGCCAGUUUUCCCACUGUCUGCCGGGGCUGUCCCAUGUCCCAGCUGUCUGGGGCAGCUGUCCUGGCUGUGUUCUGCUCUGGGGGGUGGGUGAGGUCCCCUGUGCUGCUGCUCACUGAGCAAUGGCAGCAGCUGCCCUGGGCUGCUGCAGCAUCACUCUCACAGCCUGGGCUGUGUCCACAUCACCUUCUACAGCCGAACCUGCACUCACUCCAAAAGCACCAAGCCUGAGCUGCAGAGACAAAAUGAGGCCCCAGCUCAAGAGCUGCCUGGCUGUGUGCAGGAGCUAGCCCAGGGCUGUCAGCCACAGGUAAAACUGUGAGGCAUACCCAAGCACCACCCACACGUUUCCAUUACAAACAGAAGCAUCCAGGUAGGAACUUCUCACAGACAUUCAAACUCCUGCACCUGAGGAGUGCCUGAGGGCAGCACCAGUACUAGCCAUGGCUUUUGACUGAGCUGUUUUACAAAUGAAUAGCAAAUGCACAAACUGAAAUGCCCACUAUGGUACUCACCCU